AUGGGAACAACAGUUCAAUUGUCUAAUAUUUUCCAAACCCUACCAGUUCGGCUUCAAGAGUUUAAACGGAAUAUCAAAAGAGAGUACAACAAAGCAUUGACUAUAUUGCAGGCAUAUUCAAUUAUAUCCACCAAUAUCCGUAUAUCGAUAUUCAACCAUAGUUAUUCCAGACCUAGUAUAAAAGUGAUUUCCACAAGCGGCAACAAGGAAGUUACAGCUAAUAUUUCGAAUAUAUUUGGCACAAAACUGACCUCUCAGAUUAUGCCAUUCAAAAUCAACCUUACUUCCAUUUUCGACAAAGGGGCAGUGGAAGGCUACAUAUCAAAACCCGAAUGGGGGAUUGGAAGAAAUAGUUCAGACAGACAAUAUUUCUAUGUGAAUGGAAGACCGUGUAUGUUACCCAAGAUGGCAAAGACAUUAAACGAGAUUUACCGCACAUACAUUUCAAAUCAGUAUCCAGUUUUGAUUGUCAAUUUCAAAAUACCUACGAACGCCUAUGAUGUAAACGUGAGCCCAGAUAAACGAACUAUCUUCAUCCACGAAGAAAAUAGAAUUGUACAGUGUAUAAUGGAACAGCUUCAAGAACAAUUAGAACCUAGCAGAUCUACUUUUCAAAUGAAUGCGCUUUCACCGUCGAAAAUAACGCUUAAUAUUGAUUCUACUCCAACGAAUAUGCAAGAAACUACCCCAUCCGACAACGUACUGUCAAACCCAGAAGCAUCCUCCUCACCAUCGAACAAUAGAACAUUACCGACGACUCCAUCCAGUAGUUCUGAUUCGGUGAAACCAUUUGCAUUGGAAAAUACAGCUCUACAUAAGGCAUCCUUUAAUUCUUUGAAACGGCCACUGAAUUCACCAACGAAAAAUAUACUUUCAAACUAUGUAUAUAAAAAACCCAGGUUAGAAGUAAACUCUCCAUCCGUUUCGUCACUCGCUAGUGAUAGUUUGCAUGCAGAGCAGCGGAACAUAUCAGUGUCCGUUAAAGCGACGGAUUCACGAGAAUUUGGCUCUUCAGAAAUUACUGCAACAGAUAGCGAAUGCAACAAUUCUGAAAUUGCAACAGCUAUGACAGAACCUGAGAUAAACACUUUAAAGGCAGAAGAAGAUAAUGUCAAAGAGUAUGUUGAAACUGUUGUUCAAAUCAAAUCAUACAGUGGGUUAUGGAAAACCCUAGGCCGUUUACGAACCAUAAAACCUACCAACUUGAACAAUUUUCUCCAGCUUCAUCGUCAACAAUCCCUAAAUGAAGACCGUCAAACUUAUGGCGACGACAACAUUGAUAAGUCUAUGAACACGACUUUAAAAAAUGCAGGCAUCAAAAAUACAGACCAUAACGAAAGAGCCACGAAAGCACUUAGUCGUGUCAUUACCAAGUCAGACUUCGCGGAAAUGAAAAUAUUGGGCCAGUUCAAUUUAGGUUUUAUUUUGACAUCUCUGAAAGAUAAGGAUCUCUAUAUUAUCGAUCAGCACGCAUCGGAUGAGAAGUAUAAUUUUGAGACUUUACAACAAACCACACAAAUUGAGGGACAGAAGUUAAUAAGCCCGCCUGUUUUAGAUCUCACAGUUGCAGAAGAGCAUAUUGUGAUGGAUAAUCUGGAGAUUUUCAAGGCCAAUGGAUUUGAGGUUGAAGUACUAUCAGAGAAUGAACCAACACAACGCAUUUGUGUACUAUCUCAACCUGUCAGUAAAAAUACAAUGUUUGACAAAAAGGAUUUCAGCGAGAUAAUCCAUCUUAUAAAUGAACGUCCAGGGGAAAUGGUUCGUUGUAGCCGUAACAGAGCUAUGUUUGCGUCCAGGGCAUGUCAUAGGGCAACGCGUAUUGGUGAUGUAUUAACUAAACGACAAAUGACAACGGUAAAGUUUUUUUUUACUUCUCCAAUAUAA